UCUGCAACCAAUGACCAGGCUGCAUCCGCCAGACCCCUGCACCUGGGAGGAGGGCGGAAAGCAGCCGCCCGCGGUGCUAUGUCCAGGGGCGAAGGGUAGGUGGCCGCAGGGCUGAGUCCGGCCGCGCGGACCGAGCUCCUGGCUCGGGCAGGUCCCUGACUAAGGGCAGCCAUGAGCCUGGUGGCCUGUGAGUGCCCUCCUGACCCUGGCCCAGAGCCCGAACCCUGCUCUCGAGCACGGUCCCAGGCUCGAGUGUAUCUGGAGCAGAUUCGCAACCGGGUGGCUCCGGGAGCACCUGACAUGACUAAGCAUGACUACCUGGUGGACGCAGCCUCUCAGAUCCGGCUGGCCCUGGAGCGUGACGUCAGUGAGGACUACGAGGCCGCCUUCAACCACUACCAGAACGGCGUGGACGUUCUCCUCCGAGGCAUGCACGUUGACCCCAACAAGGAGAGGUGUGAGGCUGUCAAGCUGAAGAUAACCAAGUACCUGCGGCGGGCGGAGGAGAUCUUUAAUUGCCACCUGCAGAGGACGCUGGGCAGCAGAGCCAGCCCUGAUGAGGGUUUCAGCAGCCUGAGGCUCCGGCCCAUCCGCACGCUGAGCUCUGCCCUGGAGCAGCUGAGGGGCUGCAAGGUGGUCGGGGUCAUCGAGAAGGUACAGCUGGUCCAGGACCUAGCGACUGGAGGGACCUUCGUGGUGAAGGGCCUGUCCAGGUGCCACGUGACGAGCCAGGAGCGGCUGACCAUCAUCCCGCACGGCGUCCCCUACAUGACCCAGCUGCUGCGGUACUUUGUGACUGAGGACUCCAUCUUCCUGCACCUGGAGCACGUGAAAGGAGGUACGCUCUGGUCCCACCUGCUCUCCCAGCCGUGCCCCCAGCAGUCUGGGACCGGGUCUGGCUCCAGUCUGGAGAGGAUGAAGGCUCCGCUAAACUCCCACCUCAGCCUCGGGACCAGCUCGGUGCCCCUGGGACACACCCACCUGCGGGACGGAAUCCCUCUGGAGCCUCCGUGGACUUCUCAGAGCCUCACCCCAGCCAGAGGGGUGGCGUCCGUUAAAGCCCAGAGAGAGGCUGGGGAUGAAGCCUCAGCCAGGACAAGCACUGCCCGUUUCUGGGACCUUCCAAAGGCCCCAGGUGGCUGCCUGCACUCCCACGCCGGGCGAGGGCCUGGCCGGAGCUCAGAGCCCGCGCCCCCGUGGGGGCUCCCUUGGGUUCAGGCUGGGGCUGGCCGGGUGCUGGGGGGCUGCAGCCGAGGCAGAGGCCCGAGCCGCCCCUCGGCCUCUGGAGGGGCCAGCCCAGUGUCCGGCGGGGGCGCCUGGAGUCUGAAGGAGGAGCAGGUGAGGCAGUGGGCGGCCGAGACGCUGCUGGCCCUGGAGGCACUGCACCAGCAAGGGGUGCUGUGCCGGGACCUCAAUCCCCGGAAUCUGCUCCUGGACCAGGCCGGCCACAUCCGGCUCACGUAUUUUGGCCAGUGGUCAGAGGUGGAGCCCCAGUGUUGCAGGGAGGCUUCGCACAACCUCUACAGUGCCCCAGAGGUCGGUGGGAUUUCGGAGCUGACCGAAGCCUGCGACUGGUGGAGCUUUGGGUCUCUCCUGUAUGAACUGCUGACCGGGACGGCGCUGUCCCAGAGCCACCCCUCAGGAAUCCAGCCCCACACCCAGCUGCAGCUGCCCGAGUGGCUCAGUGGCCCGGCGGCCUCCCUGCUGACUGAGCUCCUGCAGUUCGACCCUGCCCGGCGCCUGGGCGCUGGAGGAGGCGGCGUCCACGAGCUCAAGGCCCACCCCUUUUUCAGUUCCAUCCAGUGGAGCAAACUAGGGGGGUAGGAGGGCAUGGCGUCGGCAAAGGGAGUGGCUGGACUGGUCUGGAUCUCCUCAUGUCUCUUUGCCUGCCAUCUCCCAGCAGUGGCCCGCAGGCAAAGAAUGCAAGGCAGCUUGCCUUUCCUGGUCAGGACCCCACCCUUGGGCCUCAGAAGUCUCAUCACCACUGACCAGGAAGGGCCUUGUGGACUCCCCCAGCCACCUCUUGGAGAAAUGCUUUCUAGUCGGUGCUGAGGGGCAGAGAUCUCAGCCUGUUAGGCAGCUUGAACAUCUCCGCCUGUCCAUCCUCCGCUCAUCAGUCAACAGUCACCUUCUGUGUCUACAUCCUGUACCUUGAACUCGGACCUGCCCUGUUAAAAGGUGCCUUCCUUGGCAUUAGCUCUGAGCUACUGACCACCACCUGCUGAGCCGAGAAAUCUUGACUCGUGAUCUGACAUGUGCCCCACUCAGGAUGGCUCUGGAGACUCAUCUCAGGUUACUAGUCCCCUGGCUUCCUGGCUCCAAACCAGGGCUGUCCUAGCUGGUCAUCUUAGCCGCACAACCAGUGUGCCCCUUCUACCAAAGGCUACUUCCCCAGGGGAUGGGGGUGGGGGAGGCGGGGAAGCAGGGAAGAAGUCUGUAGCGGAUAUGGGGUGGAGCGGGAGGGACAGGACAACCCACCCCCUCCUGAAGCAGGGAAGAAGUCUGUAGCGGAUAUGGGGUGGAGCGGGAGGGACAGGACAACCCACCCCCUCCUGACCAUGCCGCGUAUCUUGUAAUUACAGACCUUUGAGAGCAAAAGGAAAGAAGGGGAGGAAAAUAAGGAUAAGGAGGGAGGGGGAGAAAGAGGGGAAGGCACAGCUCUGCCACUUACAGAAGUUUUGAAAACAGAAUAAAGGGCUCCCUUCCCCAGCUGGCCCACCCAUGUGGAAACAAACAAACCCUGGCCCGUGGGUCUGAGCUGGGGGACCAUGAUUCUGUCACCAGCCUGAAGCCGCUUGAAGGAAAGUUGUCUCCACUAGGAUUCCCUUGGACAUUUGUCCUGUUUACCAUUUUGCAUUUCAGUGUUGAGGGUCCACUCAAUCCACUGCCCACUGUGACUUAAUUUCCUUUUGAAAUGAAACCACGCAACACCCAGAAUGAUUGCCCAAGCUUCUAGCCAGAAGCAAGAAGUUUCUGGUCUCUGAAGAGCUAGCAUAAGUAGUUACCCCCAAAGAUAAUUCCCUUCCCAGAUUUAGGGGCCCUCUUCUUCCUCUCAGGACUCACCGUCACUGGGGUGUGGCAUCCAAGACAGAAACUUCCAUAGACCUCUGCCCUCAACCCCUUCUCGCCUGAAUCUCCAUCACCACCAGGGGGCAUCUCUGACACCACCCUCCAGUCCUGGCUGUGAAGGGCUGGGGACCUGUGCUGUGGGGAGGUCCUUGGGAUGAGUCUGAGGCAAAGGACACAGGGAGGUGCUGGCUCUCCCUGGGGCUUGCCCACCUCCUGCACCAUCACUCCAAUAAAGCCUGCUCUUA